AUGGGUGUUACUGGGUCAGACACUGUACUCUUUAAGAGGAGGCUUCAUCCUGCAGACUGACAGCAGCCUCACCUGGGACAGCUGGCGACCAGACGUGAUCUCUCUUCACCUGGGGACAGCGAACUCAAAGCUACAGCCAUGGCUCGUCUGGAUCAAGUCAUUACAAACAUUGUGGAUGUGUUUAUGGAGUAUGCUGAUGAUGGAGGCAGGAAAAACAAGUUGAACAAAGAUGAGCUGAAGAGGGUGUUCGAAAAAGAAAUACAAAGCCCUGAGUUAAAAGAUAAAGUAAAUGCAAAUGAUAUUGAAGAAGCCAUGAACAUGCUGGAUAAAAAUCAUGAUGGUGAGGUCAACUUCCGAGAGUUUUGUCGGUGUGUGUCUGUCUUGGCCAAAUCCUACUACCAGAAGAAGACAGGCAAGGGUGGCAAGAAAGGCAAAGGCAAAGAGCAAGAGGGGGAUCAAGAAGAAGAUUAACUACAAACCUGUAAACCAUCUAAAAAUAUUUACUUUUGACAUAUGCUGUAUGUGUCUGACAGUGUAUGACACUGCCGAGCUUGAAAAACGUCUGCUACAGGUGUUGGCUAACUGAAGCCUGUAAGUGCAUGCAAAAAAUGUGAUGUUUGUUGUCUUCAUUUUUCGGGAAAUUGCUUUUCAAAGAACAGUCCAUUCCAUUCUUUAUGGGAUUGAAUAACAGCUAUGAAGUUUGAUUUAUUGUGGGCAAUCAGUGCAUUCGUAGUUGCUUGGUGUCUGGUGUCAUUGCUGUGGAAGGACACAAGAGUGAGCUCAUCAAACAUUCAACAGACAUCUCCCGCUGUGUCCUCCAGGGCACAUAUCACUGUCAGGGCUGCCUUGAUUAAAAAUGAAAUCCUCCACAGGUUUACACUUUGAUGUCAUAAAAAUCAUUGAAAAUA